AUGUCCUCGUUGAUUCCGGAGGGCGGCGGCGCUGGCGGCGGCGUCGCUGGCGGCGAGACAAGUUUGGACGCUGCUGCCUCGCCCGCGCCUCCACCGAUGGCCAGCGGCUCAGUCGAUAAUUGGUUGGGGAGCACCAGUUUCUCGAUGCAGGCCGGCUCGCAGCAGCCGGAGGCACCGCUCUCCCAGUCAUCGCCAAUGGGUCGCAGUUUGGCUGACCAGAAGUGGGAUAUAUGGUUUCAUUUAGAAGGAAGAAACCCUGUGAAAAGGGGUAUAUUUGAGUCAGAUAUUUCUUUGCUUACUCUACAAUCACUCAUUGCUAGUGAAGGGUAUGGGGACAGUGAUUACAUGUACUAUGUGAAGGAGGAGGAAAUUGGAUCUGACAGAGUAAAGUAUUUAGGUAAUGAAGCUAGUGUUCAUGAAAUGUUGGACUUUUUUCAUCAUGUCAAGCUAGUCAACAUAAGGGUUGUGAGAAAUGUUGAACCUGGAAUUAGUACACAGGCUAAUGAGAAUUACAUGAACACUCAAGAGAGCUGA